AAGGUAAGCAAUUCAUUAGAUUAAUUCUUCGAAUAUAAUAAUCUAUGAAAAGAUUAUAUUCAAAUAUUCUAGUAAUUUAUGAUAAAAAUGUAAACUAAUUGGGUUUUAAUUUUAGAUGAGCAUAAAAUCAUUCAUUGUGGUUUUGUUUGAAGAUGGGGUGGAUAUAAUCCCAAAAAAUUGGUUUAAUAGAGAAGAUUGUACAUCUUUCUAUCCUAAUUUUGAGGAUAAAAAGUUGUACAAUAUAGCAGUGAAGCAGAUGAUGCAGCCAAGGGAGUCUUGGAAAAGAUACAAAGUCCACAGAGUUUUUACAUCUACGGACUCAUUUGAAGUGGGACUUGAUAAAAUGAAGGAGGCCCUCGAAUAUUCUGAUUUAACUUCUGAUGCGGAGGCAAGAAAGGUACAAAGGAGAGUUCGUGCCAGAAGGAACCGAAGUUCCAGUGAUGAUUUUGACCUGGACUCCGAGCCUAGCGUCUUGCCUCCAGCUCCUGCACCACCAACUUUAUUGAGUAGAUGUUCUACUCCUGUUGCAAACAACAGCUUUGAUAACGCAUUUAUCGGACAGAGUAUUAAUAGACAACACCAAUCAACACCAAGUCAACGUCUAAUUAACACUUAUUGCGAUGAGGCCGGAAGGCUGGUUGAUCAUGCUGGGAGCAGCACAGAGCCCACGGGUGGGUACAAAGGCUUCGACAACGGAUUGUUUGGACAUACCAUGCAGAGCAAUUCCACAUCAGUAAUGGUUAAUAGGGGACCAACGCCAAAUACAAGGCGUCUAAAUAACACUUAUUAUGAUGAUGGAAAUAGGAUCUUUGACCAUGGUGCUGGGAGCAGCACAGAGCCCAUGGAUGGGUACAAAAAUUUGGAGAAACUUAUUUCGAGGCUGGACACAAAAAUAAAUCUAAAAUUUGAGCAGCUGAAUGCCACCAUCGACAGUAAGCUCCAAGCUGUGAUGGACAGCAUUAGUAGGCAGUGCUGCCAGUGUAAAAAGGCGAAUGAUUUGCCUGAUUAUACACUGGCAGUUUAUAAUAAAUUUCCUGUUCGGACAGAGGCAGAACUGCUAGAUGUGGAGCAGCUAUUGACAGAUGCGUCAAUAGCAGAAAAAUUGAAAGCACGCCUAGGACGAGUUGGUGGCGUAGAUUGCAAAAGCGCUACCAUAUCUCUUUUAAAAAAAGUAUUUAAGGAUGUGGUAGCGAAGGAGUAUAGCUGGGUUGGAGGCAAAGCGAAGAAGAAUUUUUCGGCUCUUCUGAUAGUAAAAAUGAUUAUAGAUAUUGUAUCUGAACAACAGCGUGUGACGCAGAGCCAAGUGGAGCAGUGUGCCAAAGGAUGGCUGCGUCAUGCUCAUGACAGAUUUGUUCGGAGUGCUCCUGCUUUAGAAGGUGAUGUUGAACCGAAUGUCAAUAAUGAUAAUAAUAAUGCAAAUAAUUAAAAUAAAAAAUAAAAUAAUUAGUUUAAAUUUAAU